UGCAGUAAUUAAAUUUCUCAAUUAAAUCAAGCUAAUAAUCUUCUCAGUCGUCGCAGUUCUAAAUCAAUAAUUAUAAUCUUAAUUCAUUAAAUCCCGUCGCAUCUCAUUCGAACAAAUCUGUCUCCGUCCUCCGCCGUCUCUCCGCCAGCUGUACUUGCCGUUCAAUCUCCCUAGCGGCGAUGCACAUUUCUUCUCCUGAACCAGACGCGAUAACUAAGUUCGUGUGCAUCUUGUAUGACUGCUACGAGAUCCACGGCUUUUGAUUCCCGAUACUAUUAUUUGGGUAGAUGCGAUUUGAUGAUUCGGUGAAUCUGUUUUCUUAGAGCUGCUUUUAAGGAUGAAAGGAGGCCUUCAAGCACUCAAGAUCUCACAGGUCUCCCUCAUCCUCAUCGGUUUAGUCUGCACGACUGUGCUUGUAUUGGCAUGGACAAAGACGUCAUUUCUCGAGGCUUUCAUUCCAUCUCCCAGUCGCAUCCUGCCACUAGAUUUGGAUGAAGCAGCUCCAGGACAAACUUUCAAGGGUAACAACAUUUCAGCACAAACAAGGACGGAACAAGUUGAAUCAUUUGCUUCGUCUAGUGGGAUAGAACUAAAAGGCGAGGGAGAAAAUAUUGAUAAUAGUAAAAGUACCAAUGAGGAAGAAAAUCCUGGCAGUGUUAAAAGUUGGGGGUCAGAUGAAUCAUCCGAAGGAAAAGAUAAAUCCUUACAAGUAGAGACUGUUGUGAAAAACUCAUCAGCUUCUGAGUCAUCUGUCAGAACAGAGGAAAAUGGAACCUUAUCAUCUGUUAAUAAAAACAAAGAGAGUCAUCCUAGUGUUCCUGAAGGAACAGAAUCUGAAGAACCAUCAGGAGGAAAAAAUAAAUCCAAAGAAUCAAAGAUUGUGCCAGAGAACUCUCCUUCUCUGGAGUCAUUUGUCAAAGGGGAGCCAACAGAAAACUUGUCAGCUACUAUUGGAAAUAAAGGUUGCAAUUAUGCCAAAGGUAAAUGGCUCAUUGAUGAUAAUCGUCCAUUGUAUUCUGGAUUUGGAUGUAAGCAGUGGUUGUCAUCUAUGUGGGCUUGUCGCCUGACACAGCGCAUGGAUUUUGAAUAUGAAAAGCUUCGUUGGCAACCCCAAGAUUGCAAAAUGCAAGAUUUUGCACCACGUAAGUUCCUGGAAAGGAUGCAGGAUAAAACUUUGGCUUUCAUAGGGGAUUCACUGGGUCGACAACAAUUUCAAUCUCUCAUGUGCAUGGUAACAGGUGGGAAAGAAAGAUCUGAUGUGCAAGAUGUGGGGCGUGAGUAUGGUCUUGUUAAGGGUCGUCAUGCUAUAAGACCAGAUGGAUGGGCUUAUCGGUUCCCUAUCACUAACACAACCAUCCUUUACUAUUGGUCAGCCAGUCUUUGUGAUUUGGAACCUAUUGAAGGGUCGAACCCGGUCAAUUUUGCCAUGCACUUGGAUCGACCCCCUGCAUUUUUGCAGCGCUAUCUUCACAAAUUUGAUGUACUUGUUCUGAAUACAGGCCACCACUGGAACAGGGGAAAAGUUAAUGCAAAUAGAUGGAUCAUGUACGUUAAUGGCGUCCCUAACACUAAUAGGAAGACUUUAGAUAUUGGGGGUGCCAAAAACUUGACCAUCCACAGUAUUGUGAAAUGGGUUGAUGCACAGCUCCCAUUGUUUCCAGGUUUGAAAGCAUUUCUACGCACUCUAUCACCCAGGCACUUUUUCAACGGGGAAUGGAACACUGGAGGUACAUGUGACAACACAACACCUCUUUCCGGUGGCAAAGAAGCUUUAAAAGAUGAUUCUAGUGAUUCUGUUGCUGCACAUGCGGUGAGGGGAACGAAUGUGAAGCUUCUAGACAUUACUGCUUUGUCCGAGUUGAGAGAUGAGGGCCAUAUAUCCCGGUACAGCAUUAAAGCCACACCUGGAGUGCAGGAUUGCUUGCACUGGUGCCUACCCGGUAUUCCUGAUACAUGGAAUGAAAUAUUGUUUGCACAGAUCUAACAUACGAACCCAAUGAGAGAAGAUGAGCUGCAAUCGGUAAAAAUGAUGGACGUGGUCAAGUCGGAGCUGCCCAUGAGAUUAUAGGCUCGAAUCAACUUUGAAGAAAAAAUAGCUAUGCAAUAUUUAUAGAAUGAUUCUUCUCCUCUCAUUUACCCAUUUAAGAGUUAGUAAAGUGUAGCGAAGUAUUUUGAUAGGAUUACUCAUUACUAUUCAUAUUUUGACAGGCAGUGACAAAAAUGAAAAGGUAUAAUGUUAACAUGAGGGAGGGAUUGUGUUGUUUGUGUUAGAGAUGUGUCCAGAGACGAUGAGUUGGGUAUUUCAACUGUUAGGCUUUGUGUUUUUUAAGUAAAUUUUUUAUUUUCUGGUGAUC